CUUGCUGCUCCUCCUCAUUCACGCAUUUCCGGCGCUCAGCUGAAAUGAUCACGCUGGCUGCAACACCCUAGUGAUGGAGGCGGCUGCCGCACCAGCUGUGGUCGAGGCUGAGCCCUCGUCCUCUACGUCUUCUCAACCACCCGUCUCAGCAGCCAGGCGCUGCAAUCGAGCGCACAGUCGCUCCUCCUCCUCCUCCUCCAAAGAUGGAGCAGACUCUUCGACCAGCCGCAAAGAGUCUCUAGGUGGUGCUCUUGCGCGUGCAACUCUCGGCUCCCUAGCCUUCUUCUUUCGCCUCCCAAUCCGACUCUUUCGACCCGUCAAGCUCUCAUCAUGGACGGUUCUCGAGUCCUUUGCCAAACGAGAACAGAAGGCACUCUCCUUCGGCUACGUGCUACGGCUCCUGAGGAGAGAGAACAAUUACUUCAUCUUCCACCUUCUGGGCCCACCGAUACUGUUCAAUACCCUCAUAGGAUUCACGCUUUUCGAGAGCUACUCGAUUACCGAGGCGAGAUUGUUGAGGAGACAUAGACCAGACUUGAUUCAAGGCAAUGAAGGAGACGAGGGGGACCAAGGAGAUCGCAUGCUAGGCGCUGCCGCCAAGAAAACGACAUGGACCCCGCUCUGGAUCGUCACAGUAGCAGGAGCUGCAGCAGGAGCGGCCCAAUGCAUCCUCUCCGCUCCCCUGGACAAUGUCAGGCUGGUCCUCACCUCGCACAAGCAACCGCAGCAAGGUAGUAGGAGAAGCAGGCAUGGGCGUCAUGGCACUGGUAGCAGCUCGGCAGCUCGCCAUCCCGCCCACAUCUCCUGGCGCUCAAUCUUUCGAGCGGCCCUCCUCCCCUUCGCGCCUGAGCAGACACGCAACAAGCUCGUCAAGGCAGUUCGGCAUGCAAAGAACGAGCUGAGACCCCCCAGCACCGACGCGGCCUCAAAGGCAGCGCAGUACUUCAACAAGGAGCAGCGCCGACUCUGGCAGCAGAGGCUCAAGAGGCUCGGGGGCUCAGUGCAUGGUGCAGGGCUGGUCAUGUCACUCUUCCGUGACGCAAUCGGAUUCUCGAGCUUCUUCCUCCUCUUUGAGGUGUCGAGGCGCGCCGCCCACUCUUCCUCGACGACCAUCGAUAGGAGCAUCGCCUGGUGGUCAACUUCUGCCACGCUUCCCGCUCAGGCCUACGACGCGGUACGAGGCCAGUCUGCCGUCUCAUCCGAGAAGCGCGACGACGAUCAAGACGACGACGACGACUUCUACCAUACUCAAUCGCUCCGAGCAGACCAGAGCUACAACGCCAGUAGAACGAAGACCGGCAGAGUAGUAGCCGCUUUCGUCCUCAUCGUGGGCGGAGCAGUGGGCGCCUUCGCCUACGAAGCGCUCGGGCGUCCCUUCGAGCUGAUGCGGCUCAUUAUCUGGCAAGGGAGACAGCAGUGGCAGAAGGCGAGGGAGGCGGAGAGGGCAAAGAGACGGGCAGGGGGUGGAAGAAGUUUGAGGAAGGCCCGAUUGAGGGCUUCAAAUAGGAGAGGACAGACAGCUCUACUGUCUGCGAAUAGCAGCUCGAGCAGGCUGGAGAGUCUGUUGACGCUGCGUGUAGCCAACUCCGCGGGGAGCAGAAUUAGCAGAUUGCAGGCUGUGCUCAGCCAGAGUCAUCCGCCGCACCCGCUCAGGAAGACAGGCAAGAGGAUUGCGGAUGUGGCUACUGCGGAGAAGAGGAGCAGGAGAGGCGCAAAGACCUCCGCCGCUGCAAAGGCUGGCGCAGGAGCUGCGAAGCAACAUGCACAGGUCUCUCCAUAUCCACCGGGAGCCCUCUCCCUCCUUCUGGCGCACGCGGAACGCACCUCUACCCUAGCCUACACCUCGUCGAGUCGCAAAUUUCGCACAGCGGUGCCGUCGUCUGUCUUGCUGCUGCAUACCUACUUCGUGGCCCCGUAUCUUGCGACGAGCGAAGUCACCUCCUACAACAGUGGUGGUAGUAGUAGUAGCAGCGGAUUGGCAAGAGCGGCUGCUGCUGGGACGGAAGCGGUGAAAGGCGAGAACAGCACAACGGUGCUGGGCGAGCGCACACGCACAGCCUCGCCCACUACUCGCUCAGCAGCCAAACUGCUUCGCCGGUGGACGAACAGCAAUCCUGUUUCCUCGACUUCCCUGUUUCCCUCUACUUCUCUCGCCUCCCCUUCUUACUCGCCUCCUUCCUCAACCUCGUCAGGCGCAUCUCGCGCGCGGCUACCCCUCUCCUACCUUUUCCCCCGGCGACCUCGCGAGGCUCCUGGGUCAUUGGGGACGAUCGGUCAGGCAAGAAGCUGGGGAUCGGGGAGAGCGGCGUGGGCGCUACGUCGGUUGGCGAGCCCGUACGGCGUGGGAUUCCUGGUGUUUGCAUGGAUGAGUGGGGAUGUGUAGCGGACGUAACAUCACGGCCGAGAGGCAUCGCAUUGAUAUACUAGAUUUCGUUGGAUAAGCUAGCAGCGACAGAAUGAAGGGGAGAGGCAAGCGAUAGAUAUAAGCGUAAGACCGGCGAUAGGCAACGCGCAGCCUUGAAGCCAGCGAGACCUUAUCUUCGCCUUCACCUUGCCCACAAUUAUCACCACCGUCAGCCUCCCGCACGCACUUACGCACACGCUAUGCUACGCUGAAUGUCUCGGUAGUUUGAAUAAACUUUCUCGCCAG